GAUCAUCAUCAUUUGCUUGUAUGUGUAGAAUGAUAUCGAAAAAAAGAUAUUCAAAUUUAUCAUCAGCAAUCAUAAAACACUUAAACAGGCACGUUCUUGUAUCGCCCGAAUAUUGUUGUUUAUGUUUUUUUUCUAUGCUAUGUUUUAUGUUUUUUCUAUGCUGUUUUGAAUUUUUCUCAUUCGACGAAAUUGGAAAGUGAAAAUAACAAAAAACUUAAUCCGAAUCCGUUAAAGCAAUCACAAACAUACACGCACACCGACAGAUAAUAUAAUUGGUUGAUUGACUGAGUGUUGAAUCUUGAAUUGUUAAUUUAUUCAAUGAUGUGCAAUGAUUGUCAAUUGUGAUUCAUUUUCUAGAAAUGUGUUUCAAUCCAAUGUUCAUAUAAACCAACAUUGAUUAUCACCACAUCAAGAUCAGGAAAUUCCUUGAGAAUCGAAUCAAAUCGACCAACAACAAACAAACAAAACGGAUUAUAUGAAUCCUUUGGUGAAUAACGGACAAGAUUUGUUCUAUAAUCAUUAUCGUGGAUUAUCUCCCAAUAACAGCAUUAGUGACAGUUUACCGCCCUCCUACCAUCCUUGGAUCCGUCCAGCAAUCAAUCUGAACCGAAGUGUCCUUAAACAUCAUCAACAACAACCGCAAUCGCAACAACAAUUAUCAUCAACCGCAAUAUCGAGCAAUCAACAACAACGACCAAACAACAUGCCUCAUCAUCAUCAUCAUAGUGGACAUCAUCAUCAGCCGCAGUCUUCCACGGCCAGUUCACAAUCAUCAUCCAAUAAUAACAAUAAACCGGUCAAAAUGAAACGAACAAGGCAACGCGUGGAUGCUGGUGAACCACGAAAUAGCUAUGCAAGUAUAGCCAAUUUUUCAUCACGUGGUGGUUAUCAUGGUUAUAAUAACAAUCAUAAAGCAUAUGGAUCAUCCACAAACAACAACAUUGCCAACAAUCCUCAUCAUAAUCAUCGAAUCUUAUCGAAUGAUGCAUCAAUGAAUGGUAACAUUAAUCGUCUAUCUGCUGCUGCUAACAAUCACCAUAAUCAUCUUAAUUAUCAUCAUCAAACAAUGUCCGAUAUGGCCGCUAUUGUUAGCCAACAUCAUCAUCCACAUAAUAAUCAAUUGCCAGAUAUGCAGGCAUCCAAUCCACAUCACCAUCAUUCCUCAUCAUCGUAUGUUGGUGGUGGAAAAAAUCUGUUACGAGAUUCACCAUUCUAUCCUUCUGGUGGACAUCAUCGACCAUUAUCGUCAUCGUCAUCAUCAUUAUCAUGUUCGACCGAUACAUCAAACAUCAUGGAACACCACCAUCAUCAUCAUCAGGCUACAUCAUUGUUUCAACAAUUAUGUCAACAACAACAGGGUUCUGCAAUGGCUGCAUUUAUGGCUGCUAAUCAUCAUCAUCAUGCACCACAACCUCCACCGCCACUACCCCCACCGCCAUCAACACAACUACAAUCUUCUGGUCAUCUCGCCCAGAUAACAACAAACAAAGCAUCUCAAUUUUCUGCCGCAACAAACAAAUCCUUGGCGGCUGAUCAAUUUGUCACUGCCAGUGGCUAUAAUCAAGCUGCCGCAUCAUUUUUAACGCAAUUACAAUCAUCGAUGAAUCCCGGUAAUAAUAAUAACGAUAAUAACAAUAAUAACAAUAAUAUGGCCAUGGCAGCCACAUUAUUGAACAAUCUUCAAGCUAACGAAAUUGCAGCGGCAGCUGCUGCGGCGGCUGCUGCCACAAAUAAUGCUUUGUUCAAUUCAAACAAUGUGGCUGCGGCUGCCGCAUUUGAUGCUCAAUUAUUACGAGAUAUAUUGGAAAGUGGUGCCGCCGCCGCUGCUGCGGCAGCUGCAGCUGCUGCUGCUUCCGCUACAAACAAUAAUCAACAACAAUCGUCAUCUACCGGCGAUUUGAUUCGGCAAUCCGAAGACAAAAUGAUGCAAUCAUCACCAUCAACAUCUCCGAUUAAAAAACAUCCAUAUCUUUCGUCAACGACUAACGAUGAUGAUGAUAAUCGUAAUGAAUUGAACAAAUCAUCCUUAUCGCCUGAACUGAAUAAUGGUUCGCUAUUGAUGGAAUCAAAAAAUCGAUUCGUAGACGAUUUGGAUGGAAAUCUUUUAUUUGAUUAUUUUGCCAGUGGUGGUGAUUCAAACAUUCUGAUCGAUAAUGCUGGUCAAAACAGCAAAGAUCAACUCGUUAACAGCGAUGAUGAUGAUGAUGACCAGCAUCAUCAUGUUGUUACUGAUGCUACAGAUGAAAAGAACCGUCAUGGAACAGACGACAUUGAUAAUCAGCUAACCAAGCAAGGGGAUGACAACAACGACAACGAAGGAGAUCCAGUUAAGCAAUCUGAAACAACGAAGAAGAAGAAGAAUGAUCCUAAGAUGAUUACAGAUCUUGUGGUUGGCAGUAGUAGUGGUAUGGAUCAUAAUGAUGAUGAUGACGAAAUGGCUGUGGUGGUCACAACAACAGAAACAGCAGAUGAACGGGACGGAAAUCUGGUUAAUAAUAAUAAUCAAAAUAAGGAGGAGCAAAGUAUGGCUCGUGGUCGACCUCCGCCGCCGUUACAUUCAUCUUUAUCAUCAGAACAACAAGAGAAAUCAAUUGGAUACAAUCAUAACAAUAAUAGUAGCAGCUUAGGAUCAACCUCCUCCUCCUCAUCAUCAUCAUCGUCGUCGUCGUCGUCAACAUCAUCAUCAACAUCAACAUCAUCGUCGUCGUCGUCUGAGGAGACUAUUUCUUUAGAUCGUCGUCAUCGUCGUUCAUCUUUGUCGGCACAUUAUAAUAAACCAAAAGAUUUGAAAAUUGUUGUCAACAACGACGAUCAUCAUCAAAUAGAUAUCGACCACCAACAACAAAAUAGUUUAUCAUCAUCAUCCAUAAUAGAAGAAACAUUCUGUUCGAAUAUGUUAUUGGAAACUACGGCAGUGUGCAACAACACUAAUAACAACCAAAUUACUAAAACGAUAACGAAAAAUUCACCAAUCAUGAAAACCGAUAUCGAUGAUGAAAUUCUCAUCAACAAUGAUCAUGCUGAUGAUAGUGACAAUAAUAGUAAUUGCGACCAUAAAAUUGAUAAUACUCUUGUCAUUCAACAAACAACCAACAAUGGACCAACCAUCAAUGGAUGCAAAAAACGUAAACUUUAUCAACCACAACAACAACGAACAACCAAAAUGCUCAAUCAAAGCAAUGGUAGCAUCGAUACUGAAGAUGAUGAUAUCGACGAUAUGGAUGAUAUGGAUGAUGAUGAUAAUGUUGAUGAGGAACUUGCAGAUGAGGAUGAGGAAGCCAAUUCGAAUCAUCAGCAACAACUUGGACGUCGUAGUCGACGAUCGCCAUCAUCAUCAUCUGGACAGAUUGUCGGGGUCGAAGACAUUUUAACAACAACAGCGACAGCCAACAAUGGUACAAUGGAAAUUGAAUUGGAUGAUGAAGGAUAUGACGAAAGUGGUUUACAACAAGAACAACUUCAACAACAACAACAACUAUUAUUGCGACAACAACAAAAACAACGAUCCAGUCAACAACAUAAAUCUAGUGAGUCAAAUAACAAUGUUAAUAUUAAUAAGGAAUUGGAUUUAUCCAACAAUCGCAACAAUAACCAAGAAACACAGGCGAAUGUGACUUCCGCACGCAUAUCGAACAAUAAUAUUGACAAUAAUCAACAAUCGCCGCAACAACCCAAUAAUAAUAAUCGUCAUUCAAACACCAAACGAGCUCGUAUUUCUGAUUAUGAACGUGAUUUAAGCAAAUUUCAACAACAACUUUUACAAAAAUAUACAGCCCUACAAAUCUUUCAACAACAACAACAACAAUCAAAAAUUAACCAUCAUUCCAAUGGACGAUUAUCAUCAUCAUCAUCAUCUUAUCCACAACGUUCUAGUCCACCGAUUACCAUGAUGAAUACAAUGAUGUCGAUGAAUAACAAUAACAAUAAUAACCACAGUGAUUGUGAUGUGAUUCAAAUUGUACCGGAUGCAGCAACAUUAUUUUCACAAUUUGGUGGCCAUAUUUCGCCAACAGCAUCAUCACAUCAUGCACAACAACAACAACAAUUAUCAUCGUUAUCGGAUAAAUUUUGUAAAAUUUUUGAUAUAGAUUUAUUCGUUGAAACAGUUACUACACAAGUGAUACAAUCAAUGGCAAGAAUCGUUUCAAAUUCAAUUCGAACACAAUUGGAAGCUCAACAACAACAACAACAAACACAAUCGCAGUCCCAAACACAGCUUAAAGAUAAUACCAAAGUUGGAGCCACCGAUUUAUUGGCACAAAUGUUGGACGCUAAAUACUCAUCAUCAUCGACAAGACAAACAAAAUUGGCUACUACCUCUCCGAAUGGCCAUCAUUCAAAAAAUGGUCGUGAUACUGCCGAUAGUCCAUUCGUGAUGGCUAACGCAUUUGAAUCAUCACCGAUUUCCAAAACAACAUCGUUUGUUUAUCCACCAAAUGCUGUUGGUGGUAAUUUCUAUGCUAAACAAGCAAGCGGUAUGUAUGGCCGAGAUACACCAGUCAAUUUGAAUGGAGUUCGUGAUACGAAUUCAGUAUCAUCAUCAUCGGCAGCAGCAGCGUCCAAUGUAUUUGGUAAUCGUGUUGUGGACGCAACUGCAACCGUUUCGCCGCCAAUAAUGGCAGCCGAACAAACCGAAGCCAUAUCGUUGGUGGUUGGACCGGCAAAAAAGCGUCGAAACAAAGUUACCGAUUCACGACUGCCAGUUCGUACACCAACUCGAAUCACUCGUAAUGUUAGCAACAACAACAACGAUGAACAUCAUCAUUUACGAGAAACAUCAUCCGUUAGUCCACCACUAUUGACCAAUGGUGGUGGUUCGGCAAUCCAUUUUCCAUCCAUAGCUGCAACUACGGCCGCAAAUUCUUUACCCGUAUCUUUGGCUAGUCUUCAACAUGCGAGCGAAUUUUUUGAUCAAUCAACAGCUUUGAAUACGACCACAACGAAUGCAACGACAUUUCCGUUUGGUGGUGAACAAACAGCUCGUCUUGCUGGUUCAUUGUUCAAUAUAGACGAAAUGGAUCAUUUGAAAAACAGUUUGAAUGGCUCGACAACCAAUGGUCCAUCUUCCAUGAUGAAUGGUUCUUCAACAGCGGCUACUGGUCAUCAAGGUACAGAUGCUGUUGCUAAUGCUGUUGCAGCCGCUGCAACUGCCCAUCAUUUACGAAUGUUUGUCGCUAGUCGUGCAUCACCUGAUUCAAUGAGUGGUUUUCCUGGCGGUAGUGCUGUACUUAGUUCAUAUGGCCGUGGUAGUGGAACCGGUAGCGAAAAUGGUGGUGAUGGUUCCGAAACCAAUGAUACCCAAUCAAUUUAUGAUCCAUCCAUGCCAAUGACUAGUACUUUAUCUCCCAUGCAUCUUAGGAAAGCGAAAUUGAUGUUUUUCUAUGUCCGUUAUCCAAGUUCAUCAAUAUUGAAAAUGUUUUUCCCCGAUAUUAAAUUCAACAAAAACAACACAGCACAAUUGGUCAAAUGGUUUUCGAAUUUUCGUGAAUUUUAUUAUAUUCAAAUGGAAAAAUAUGCUCGACAAGCAUUGAGCGAAGGUAUCAAAAGUGCUGAUGAUCUUCAUGUUACUGAUGAUUGUGAAUUAUUACGUGUACUUAAUCUUCAUUAUAAUCGUAGUAAUCAUAUUGCGGUAAGUUUUUCAUUUUCAAUCAAUCAAUUCAAGCCAUUCAUUAUCCAUAAAAUGACAUUUUCCUCUUUCUCUCUCUUUCCAAUCAAUAUUGCCAAAAAACAGAUUCCAGAAAAUUUCCGUUCAGUAAGCGAAACAACAUUACGAGAAUUUUUCAAAUCAUUACAACAAAACAAAGAUACUGAACAAUCAUGGAAAAAAGCUAUCUAUAAAGUGAUUGCACGUCUUGAUGAUAAUGUACCCGAAUAUUUUAAAAAUCCAAAUUUCAUGGAACAAUUAGAAUGAUCAUUUUCAACCUUCAAACCAAAACUCUAGUUAUGUUUAUUUAACUUUUUUCAACUUUAUAACAAUCAUCGAAAUGGACAUAAUUUUUUGCCACUUUUU